AUGCUGGAGGACAGGAGGAAGGAGGAGAUAGAGGCUGGGGGACCUUUGCACUGCUCGUUGAACCAAUCUGACCAUGCUUCAUCCCCUUCCCAUUCCCAGGACUUGGAGCAGCCGCUGAAUGAGGAUGCCAACCUGCUGCCUCAGCUGCAGCAGCUGGAGAACACGCUGAGUGGCUGUGCCAAGGAGGCCAGCAAGGACCAGGUCUUCGUUCGCAUGGGCUACAUGGCCUCUGAGCUCAAGCGCCUGGCCUCCAAGGUGCACAAGAAUGAGCAGAGAACAUCGUUCCUGCAGACGUUGUGUGAGACACUGCACAGUGAGAACAAGGAGCUGCGAACCAAGCUGGAGAGGGACCUGGAGCAGAGAAACCAGGCGCUGGAGAAGCUCAGGUGUGAGAACCAGGAGCUCCGGAGGAUGGUGACACUGAGCAACCAGGACAGCGGGAAGAGGGAAGCUGCUGAGCAGCAGCAGCAGAGCGGGGCUGCGGUGGAGAAGGCACCGGGCAGAGGAGAGCUGGAGGCCAAGGAGAAGAAGGUGAAGAUCCUGGAGCACCAGCGCAGGGAGCUGCUGGAGGUCAAUAAGCAGUGGGAUCAGCACUUCCGAGCCACGAAGCAGAAGUAUGAGCAGAAGGUUACGGACCUGCACCAGGAGCUGGCUGAGGCCAGAAGGGCAUUGACUGAGAUGGAGUCAGAGCGGGAGCAAAAGCAACGGGAUUUUGACCGCAAGCUGCUGCUGGCCAAGUCCCGGAUUGAAACGGAGGAGGCAGAGAAGGAGAGGCUGGCCAUGGAGGUGAGGGACCUGCAGCAGAGGAUGCGGUUCCUGCAGGAGCAGCUGGCUCCCGUCACCAGGCAGCGGGAGUACCAGGAGAAGGAGAUCCAGAGGCUGAACAAGGCUCUAGAGGAGGCCCUGAAUGUCCAGGCCUCCCCACCACCCAUCUUUGCCAGCACCAUGGAGCCAGCUGGGAAGAUGCCGCAGCAGGAGCUGCUGACUCAGAAUGAGCUCCUCAAGCAGCAGGUGAAAAUUUUCGAGGAGGACUUCCAGCGGGAGCGGAGUGACAGGGAGAGGAUGAAUGAGGAGAAGGAAGAGCUGAAGCAGCAGCUGGAGAAGUUGCAGAAGCAGUUGGUCCUCUCCAACAACCAGCUGCGGGCCUCCAAGGAUGACUGCCAGAGGGAGAAGGAGGAGAAGGAGAAGCUGAAGAAGCUGCUGAAACAGCACAAACAGGCUUCUGGAGAGAGGCUGCACGCUGAGCCGCUGCCAGGGCCACUGGGCCCUACCUGCCCCAUGUACCCUCCGUACCAGUACAGUCCCCCUGUGGCUCACCCCAUGUACCACGGCUUCGACGAGUGGCAGCAGAUCCGAUACCCACCAGCGAUGCCGGGCGAGCACACACCGGGACAGAACUUCCACCAUUUUUCCCCGCCCGAGUACCCCUGGCGCCCACCCUGUGCCAUGGCUCGCAGCCAGAACGCCCAGGCAGUGUCUGGGGUGAAACCGGUCCCCAAGGACUUGGAACAGGCAGGGCCCGGAUUGCCCUAACGCCAAGGACCGGCUGAGCAGCGAUACCGGUGGCAGAGGAGUAGGGUGUGUGUGUGUGCCCGUGUGUAUAUAUCUAGGAGCUUCCUCCAGCUGCCUCCCCCGGUGCGUGGACGUGUGGUGGUGGACAUGGCUGCACCCACGGCCAGGAACGGCUCAGCAGUGCAUCCCCCCGCCGGGAAAGGUGCAAAGGGAAGGACCUGAGGUGCCAUCAAGGUGGUGGCCAGCACAGGGUCACCCCCCCCCGCGCCAUCCCCUUCCCCGUGAGGCGUCAGGCCUGGUGUCGCUGUCAACCCGAGCCAGGUCUUCAGGGAAGAGGAGACGGCGUUUCCCAGGAGCUGCCCCAGUCCAGGGGGCUUCGCUGUGGGGUCUCGGGGCGGUUCAGCCCCUGGAGCAGCGGGUGCCAGCGAGGGGGGAGACUCUCCCAGGGGUGGGAGACCCCACGCUUGCAGGCGGGUGGGUGCCUGCCGCAGCCCGGGCGGAGGGUGGUUGAUGUCUUUGUAUUUAUUGAAGGACUGAAGUGUA